AUGACCCAAUUGUUGCUCAAGUAUACUGACCUAUGGAAGAAUAAGAAGAGAGGUGUCGUGGCCACCAUUAAGCAUGAGAUCCUCUUAACUACCACUCGCCCCAUCGUCAGCAGACCGAGACCCCGUACCACCGACCAAAAUAAGGAAAUCUUGACAGAAGUAAACAAAAUGCUUACAGAUGAGGUAAUCCGUCCUUCUGCUAGCCCGUAUGCUUCAGAGAUUGUCAUGAUUCUAAAAAAAACCGGAGACUGGCGUAUGUGUAUAGAUUACCGUCCCUUAAACAAGUUUACCAUAACCGACAAAUAUCCACUUCCGAAACUUUCCGAACUUAUUCGUUCCCUUAAGGAUUCAAAGUUCUUUGUAGCUCUAGACUUACGCAGUGGAUAUUGGCAAAUACCGAUGGCGGAUAACUCCAUCCAAUACACCGCGUUUCGCACUUCUACUGGUCUAUAUGAAUUUAAGGUCAUGCCUUUCGGAUUAACAAACGCGCCGGCCACAUUUCAACGAAGCAUGAAUUUCUUACUAGAUGAUUUACGUUAUUCAGGAGUUCUAGUUUAUUUGGAUGAUAUACUGAUUCAUGCCCCAACUCUGCAAGAACUACUCCAGUUAGUUGAUGAAGUUUUCGAGAGGCUGUUGAGAGCUGGUUAUACCAUCAAUUUGGAAAAAUGUCAAUUCCUGCCAACUACGCUGUUGUACCUGGGUCACAUAAUCGAGGAAGGAACUAUCCGUCCUAAUCCCAAGAAGAUUGAGGCAAUUCAACGCCUUCAAGCUCCAACCACGACACAAGGAGUUCGUUCCCUCCUUGGCCUGACCGGAUUCUUACAAUCUUUUAUUCCGGACUACUCUGGAAUCGUGGCACCAAUUACCGAUCUAUUAAAAGGUACACCUAAUAGAAAGAAGAAGAUAGUCAUGAUCAAAUGGACGUCACAAUGUGAAGAUGCGUUAAACAGACUUAAGGAACUUGUAAUCGAUGCUGUUUUAACACAACCGUUGGACGCCGAUAAAUAUCUGUUGGAAGUAGAUGCUUCAAGCUAUGCGAUCGGAGGCGUAUUGAAACUUUCUCGAGCCAAUGAAUGGUUACCAGUUCAUUAUAUUAGUCGCAAGUUAAAUACUACGGAACAAAAUUGGCCCAUUCGAGAGAAAGAAGCAUUUGCAAUCAUUUACUGUUUACAAAAAUUGGACUACUACAUUAAAUCACGACAUGUUACAGUACUGACGGACCAUCAAAGUCUUAAAUGGUUAAUGGACGCAAAGAAUGGUAAGCUUGCUCGCUGGGCUGUCUUGUUAAGCGAAUAUGAUCUCGAGAUACGGUAUCGGAAGGGGGCUGAAAAUUAUACAGCGGAUUACCUUUCUCGCCACGUAUAUGACCCAGAUCCAGUACAAGAUUUCAUGUGUUAUAAGAUCGAACUCGCCCAAGAAAACGAGUUACAGGUGACUCUUAAAAGGGUCUUAAAAUGUCAAGGUCGUGUUUCCAAACCCAUUAAUCGAGGAAUCCAUGUGGUUGACGACGUUGUUUACUACCGAGGGGGAGUGUACGUUCCAUUUGAAUUACGCUCUACAAUCAUAUCCGAAUGUCAUUUGCUCCCACCGUAUAUACAUCCAGGUAUCAAGCGUACCAAAUCGACAAUUCUGCGUAUUUUCAAUUGGCCAAAUCUACAUCAAGAUGUCACCAAUUUUGUGUCUAAUUGCCUCACCUGCCAACGAUUGCGUGAUCUUCCCUCUACCAGAAAGCCAUUCACAAGACACAAUCCGCUUCAAGGAGCAUUUGCUAUAUUACAUUUCGACCAUUGGAGUUGUAAAUUUCGUGGUGAAACCUUCACCGUGUUAACAAUGAUUGAUUCAUUUACAAAAUGGGUAGAAGCCUCUAUAGUUCCGGACAAGACUGCCACGGGUACAGCAUCCAUUUUACUUAGCCACUGGAUCUGUCGUUUCGGAAUUCCCUUGCGCUUAGUUUCCGACAAUGCGUUAUCGUUCACUGCUGAAGUUAUCGAAAAUUUGGCCACAGAUCUGCAAUGUAGCCAUGUCCACACCCUCCCAUAUCGCCCUCAAGGAAAUGCUUUGGUGGAAGCUUUUCACAAGACCUUAAACAAAGCAUUCAAGUUCUACCAAAUGAAAAAUCUGCAAUUCAGUGUUCAAGAUGCGUUAUCAUUUGCAUUAUUUGGUUAUCGGGCUAGCAUUCAUUCUGCUACUGGUCAUUCCCCCGCGUUUCUAGUUUAUGGUCGAGACCCGAUUUCCCCCUACUCGCAAGACUAUCGGCUACAUGGUGAUGGAUCUGUCGAUCGUCUCGUUGCCCUCAACGAAAUUCGCAUGGACAUUCUCUCAAAUCUAGAGGUGUUACACAACUUCUCAUGCAAACAAACUCCAGAUCUAAACGAGAAACUUGAGCUUAACGACCUAGUACUUGUUGCUCUGAACCCGAGUGAGAUUUACCACAACUCAGUUUUAAGUCGGAAUUCAGAAAAAUUGGUUCCUCGGUGGUCUUUGCCUUUCCGAGUAAUUCACAUUUCCGAUAAUGGCUUCCGGAUUUCUGUACGAAGCCUACUCAAUUGGACUACUAAAACGGUGGCUCGAACACAAGUUAAAAAAAUUAGCUUUCCAGAUGACCCAAAACUGAAAGAGGAUUGGAUCCAACAUCUCACCGCAGAGAUGUCGAGUACCUUGCACCCGUCUCUGAAUUUCAAGAGACUUAUGACGGAAUUACAGCGCCCGCAGUUGAAGUUAGCUCGGCCUGAAUCCCUCAGUUUAGAAGGGGGAAACUAA